AUGCCAGAACCCCUGCUGCCCACGGCGGUUGCCGUCUCCAGCCCGCCCGAGUUUGACUUUGCCUUCGACCCUUCCCUGGACCAGUUCAACGUCGGCGUCGGCGGAUUUCUGGCGUUGCACCCCGAGUUCGAUGCCAUUGCUACCGGUGCGCUCGUCUUUGACCAACAAGACCGGCUGCUGCUCAUCCAGCGCGCCGCGCAUGAUUCCAUGCCUAGUCGUUGGGAGGUCCCUGGCGGCGCAGCUGAUCCAGACGAUAAGACGGUGCUCCACGCCGCAGCCCGGGAGUUGUGGGAGGAAACAGGCCUCGUGCUGAAGCGCCUCGUACGCCAGGUCCCACUGGGCCCUGAGGGCCCCGACGCUGCCGUUUUCUUCACGCGGAGAAACCUGCGCAUCGGCAAGUUCACCUUUGAAUCCGAGGUUGAAGGCUGCGGCGGCUCCAGCGUCAUCAAACUGGACCCCAACGAACACCAGCACUGCCUGUGGGUAACAGAAGACGAGUGUCGAGCACGCCGGACCGGCGGCAAUGUCGAAAUCACUUUUACGACGGUGCAGCAGGAGCAGACGAUCUUGGAAGGCUUUAGGAUGCGCAGGAAACAGCCUCAGUGUCCGUAG